AUGAGGGCUUUGGGCUUUCCGUUCUUUUCCACGUCUCUAUCGCUUUUAAUCGUUUGCGGUAGAAGUUCGCCCGUUACGAAUGGCUGGACUGCUGCUGGCAGGGAUAUUCACGGACGAGCCAGUGAAGAGGACCUUGAGAAUUUCAAAUUGUACUCGCAAUGGGCCGGCUCAGCUUAUUGCAACGAUGACUCUAGCCCCGGCACUGUGAUCACAUGCAGCAGUGAUGUCUGUCCAGAUAUUGAGGCUCACAACGCAACAGUUGUGGGUAGCUUUAGCGAUGAGACCAUCACUGGCAUGGAGGGUUAUGUUGGGAUCGACACUGUCCAAUCAAAUAUCGUGGUGGCCCUCCGAGGCUCCGGAUCUGUGAGGAACUGGAUCGCAGACGUCAACAUCUUCCUCAGCUCGUGCUCGGACCUGGCAGAAGACUGCAAGGUCCACGCCGGAUUCAAAAAGGCAUGGGAAAACAUCGCGGAUGAAACUAUCUCGCUGGUGAAGUCGGCGCGCGAUGCCAACCCAGACUACCGAAUUGUCGUGACGGGCCACUCGCUUGGCGCCGGCGUGGCCAACAUCGCCGCAGCCUACUUGCGCGUGAACGGCCUGCCGUGCGAUCUCUACACCUACGGCAGCCCGCGCGCAGGCAAUGAGCAGUUCGCGAGCUUCGUGUCUGGACAGGCUGAGGGAAAUGAAUACCGCAUCACGCACACGGACGACCCGUUCACCCGUUUGCCGCCAAACUCGUGGAUUCUGGGCAGCUACCGGCAUGUCACGCCCGAGUACUGGCUUACGCAGGUGAACGGGUCUGCGGAUGCUUUGGUGUCGGAUAUAACUGUCUGCGAGGGUACGAAUAAUGAUGAUUGUAAUUCAGGGACGGAUGGGUUUGACACACUGGCGCACCUGUGGUACUUUGGAGGAAUUGCUGGGUGUGCUCCAGCAAGUAUCACUUUAUGA